AUGGGUCAAUUCGAAGAUGAAGACCGCCAGUUCGCGGAGGAGGUUCAGGCUGUCAAAGACUGGUGGAAGGACUCGCGCUGGAGAUAUACCAAGCGUCCUUUCACAGCUGAACAGAUUGUCGCGAAGCGUGGCAACCUGAAGAUCGACUACCCGUCCGCUGUCCAGGCUAAGAAGCUCUGGAAUAUUGUGGAGAACAACUUCAAGACAAAGCAAGCGAGCUUCACCUACGGCUGCCUCGAGCCAACCAUGAUUACACAAAUGUGCAAGUUCCUUGACACUAUCUACGUCUCUGGAUGGCAGAGCUCUUCAACUGCCUCGUCCACGGACGAGCCUUCUCCCGAUCUCGACACUGUUCCUCGCAAGGUCAACCAGCUGUUCAUGGCACAGCUUUUCCAUGACCGCAAACAGCGUGAGGAGCGUGUGACCACCCCUAAGGAUAAGCGUGGUAAUGUCGCCAACGUCGACUACCUGCGUCCCAUCAUUGCUGAUGCUGACACUGGUCACGGUGGUUUGACCGCCGUCAUGAAGCUGACCAAGCUCUUUGUUGAGCGCGGUGCGGCUGGUAUUCACAUUGAGGACCAGGCUCCUGGUACCAAGAAGUGCGGUCAUAUGGCCGGUAAGGUGCUGGUUCCCAUCAGCGAGCACAUUAACCGUCUGGUUGCCAUCCGUGCCCAGGCCGAUAUCAUGGGCACUGAUCUCCUGGCCAUUGCCCGUACCGACUCGGAGGCCGCUACCCUCAUCACUUCCACGAUUGACCACCGCGACCAUGCCUUCAUUGUCGGUUCCACCAACCCCAGCCUCCAGCCCUUGAACGAUCUGAUGGUUGCCGCUGAGCAGGCUGGCAAGAAUGGCGCUGAGCUGCAGGCCAUUGAGGACCAGUGGACCGCCCAGGCCGGUCUCAAGCUCUUCAGCGAAGCCGUUAUUGAUACCAUCAAUGCUGGUACCCACGCCGAUAAAAAUGGCUUGAUCCAACAGUUCCUCAAGUCCUCCAAGGGCAAGAGCAACAGCGAAGCUCGCGCCAUUGCCAAGGGCAUCACUGGUGUUGACAUUUUCUGGAACUGGGAUUCGCCCCGUACCCGUGAGGGCUUCUACCGUUACCGGGGUGGUACUCAGUGCGCCGUCAACCGCGCCAUCGCAUACGCACCUUUUGCGGAUCUCAUCUGGAUGGAGAGCAAGCUGCCCGACUAUAACCAGGCUAAGGAGUUUGCCGACGGUGUGCACGCCGUGUGGCCCGAGCAGAAGCUCGCCUAUAACCUGUCGCCUUCGUUCAACUGGAAGAAGGCUAUGCCGCGCGACGAACAAGAAACUUACAUUAAGCGUCUGGGCGAACUUGGCUACUCCUGGCAGUUCAUCACCCUGGCGGGUCUGCACACAACGGCGCUCAUCUCUCACCAGUUCGCCAAGGCGUAUGCGAAGCAUGGCAUGCGCGCCUACGGCGAACUUGUCCAGGAACCCGAGAUGGAGCUAGGAGUGGACGUGGUCACCCACCAGAAGUGGAGCGGUGCUAACUACGUGGACAAUCUCUUGAAGAUGGUCUCCGGUGGCGUCAGUAGCACGGCCGCUAUGGGUAAGGGUGUCACGGAGGACCAGUUCAAGCCUUGA